GGAAUUGACGGCAACAGCAUAGGCAUCAAUUUCUAUACAUAAGUUUUAUUGACUGAUACUGAGGGAUACAGAAAACUCUGCAAACGGUUUCAUGAUACUCUUACAAGUUCAUACCCCGUUAGACCAAUUCUCGAAAGCUGAGUAACAAAACAAUGCUUAUAGACCAAGACGUUCGUUCGCCCGUGUCACAGAGGGAAGCGUUAUAAGAGUUUCAUCCACAAGGCCUCGUAGCUUCAGGAGUUGGCGAUGGGAAGGCGCCGCACGUGAAUGAUCACGCGUGAACCUGACAUCAAGAUGGCUGUAAAGAUUCUUUGUGUUGCAGAGAAACCUUCUAUUGCCAAAGCUGUGGCUAAUCAUUUGGCUGGGGGCAGUGCUCAAGCGACAAACACUCGCAACAAAUACAUCAAGAAUUACUCAUUUACCUUCGAUUUUGGUGGACAAUGGGGUAAUUGUAAUGCGGUCAUGACUUCGGUCUUAGGGCAUCUUACCUCUCUUGAUGUUGCUCCAACUCACAAAGGUUGGACUGACCCGCCACCCCAAGAACUCUUUUUCAAAGCCCGGGUUAUUGAAUCUGUUUCUGAGGAUAAGAAAGAUAUUGCACAGAAUAUCGAGGCUCAGGCAAGAGAUGCCAAGGCUCUUUUCAUAUGGACUGAUUGCGAUCGGGAGGGAGAACAUAUUGGUGGCGAAGUGAGAGCUCAAGCGCUUAAAGGCAACCCGCGAAUCGAGAUCAAGAGGGCAAGGUUCAGUAAUAUUGAGCGGGCACAUGUAAUUCAAGCAGCUAAGAACCCAGUCAACUUAGACCAACGUCAAGUAGAUGCUGUGGCUGCUCGUAUAGAACUUGACCUAAGGAUUGGGUAUGCAUUUACACGAUUUCAGACAACCAACCUUCAAAAGUUAGGAGGGCCAUUAGCAACAAAAAUGUUGAGCUAUGGUUCUUGUCAGUUUCCCACUCUUGGUUUCGUUGUUGAUCGAUAUUUCAAAGUAAAGAACUUCGUACCCGAACCAUUCUGGAGUAUCAAGGUCACGCACAAUCGAGAAAAUAUGAAUGUCGUCUUCAAUUGGAAGCGCAAUCGUCUGUUUGACCGAGCGGUUGUAAUCAUAUUGUUUGAGCGUUGUCUUGCUGCAAAGGUUGCCAAAGUCACCAAGGUACAGGAGAAACCGACUAGCAAGUGGAAGCCUCUUCCUUUAACAACCGUCGAGUUACAGAAAGCUGCUAGUCGCUGGCUAAACAUGAACAGUCAGGUAGCUAUGACUGCAGCAGAGAGUCUCUACACAAAAGGUUUUAUUAGUUAUCCAAGGACGGAGACUGAUCGAUUCGACAAAGGGAUGAAUUUGAGAGCGCUGAUCGAAAAGCAAGUCCAAGAUAAUCGAUGGGGACCGUUUGCUCAGAAUUUGGUGAAUGGGGGAUUUCAUUGGCCUCGAGAGGGCCGAAAUGACGAUAAGGCACACCCGCCUAUUCAUCCCGUGACAUACGUUGCAUCCACUGCUUUGAGACCAGAAGAAGCUCGGGUUUACGAAUUUGUUGUUCGUAGGUUUCUAGCCUGUUGCUCAGAAGAUGCUAAAGGACAGGCAACCGACGUGGAGCUUGAAUACGGGGAGGAAACUUUUCACACGCAUGGACUAGUUGUGCUGGCAAAAAACUAUCUGGAUGUUUACGUUUAUGAGAGAUGGAACAGCAGCACAUCAUUGCCAAAAUUUACCCUUGGAGAAAGGUUUGAACCUGAUGAAGCUAUGAUUACGGAUGGGAAAACAACAGCCCCAGGAUUUUUAACCGAACCUGAUCUUAUUGCUUUAAUGGACGCAAAUGGAAUCGGUACUGAUGCAACGAUGGCCGAGCAUAUUGCUAAAAUCAAAGAGCGUGAAUACGUGUUUACGCGGCCUAAGGUAGGUGGGGCCACUGCCAGAAAUAAUGAUGACAACACGCCAGCUGCAGGUCGAGGAGGACGUGGCGGACGCGGUGGAAGAGGUGGAAGAGGAGGUAGAGGGGGAGCUGCAGCUGCAGAUGCGGGGGGCAGAGGUGGAGUGGAAGAGUUUAUCCCGACCACACUUGGAGUUGCCCUAGUGGAAGGCUAUGACAGCAUGGAGUUUGAAGUCAGCCUCAGCAAACCAUUUCUGAGAAAACAGAUGGAGCUCAAGAUGAAAGCCAUUUGUGAAGGGCAGAAUACGCGUCAGAAUGUUGUUCAUGAAAGUCUAACGCAAUACUAUCGGGUGUUUCUUGACUCCACGGAGAGAUUGAGUGUCUUGAAAGCAGCAUGUAGAAAAUAUGUACUUAGCGGUGGAGCUGGGCGUUAGCAAUACCCAUUUGAUUUUGGCUUGGUCGGUUGUUUGCAAUUGAUUGCAUAAUUAGCGUUCUCCAUCCCAUCUUCACCUCCAUAUGUCGGGUCAGUCUAUGGUGCUUCCUCGGCUUAACAUGACGGAUUGGGCAUAAAAGUAUCACGAAGAGAGAAUUGUACGGAGCGCAAGCUUUCGAGUUAUCUAAAGAGAUUGGACAACUUGACCAUUGCCCAAGCAUACCACAAUAGUUUUGUUGUUCUUUCUUCCCAAAAGUCCGAUUUUCGGCAAGCUCAAUAUUUAAAAGAUUGUGCGUGCCGCUUCGCUACCCGUACUUCCCCGGAUCACGUACCUCUCUUACUAACCUCUUCCUUGGAGAAGCGCGAUAGCAUUCGAGUGGCUGAGGAUAGAUGGAAGACAGUUGCAUUAAAUCGUUCGGAUAUGUGAAUCUAGAAACCGCAACCUAACCCCAACCUAGAAAACAAUUGGAGUUUCGCCGGUUUCGCAAUUCUCGUCUGGCUCAUCCGGGUAAAGUUCACGGAAUCUAAUAUAGUUGUGAGAAAUUAAGAAAUCGUUAUCAACUUAUCAAGACAUGAUUUGUGGAACGUGGGGGAUGGUAGUGGUGGUUUUUACCACACGAAAUGGUGACUCGGGUGAAUCUUGUAGUGCUCUGCAUACCCGAGUAAAAGGUGGGGGAAUCAUUAACUACGAUUUUACAAGUCAUGACUACCAAAGCAACAAUUUGAGUUUACAAUGAAUACGCGUAGGAUUUACCUAGUGUUUAUACUAAUCGUUACAGAAUGUCCGCUGAUCAGGUACCGGCGUUGACCCAGAAUCCAAUGAAGAUGAAGUUGAAAGAAACGUGAAUGGUUCUUCAGAAUACUAACUAAAGUAUACGCAGUUCUUACGCCUGGUAUGGAAUGGUCGGAUGGUCCCUUAAAAGUCGAUCUUUUGGCCACUUUAUCCGAGGCAAUGAGCUGCCGUUUCCCUAUCGACUAGGAAAGUUAGUUUUGGAAUGGAUUUAUUCAAAUAUUCUAGUGUGUGCGCGGAAGAAUGACUGCGUGAUAUGUACGGACACUUGUUAAAGUCCGUCGAUCACUUGGAGAGGGGGGCGAUAGGGCUUUAGACGAGGGCAAUGGACUUGAUAGCUAGGGUUUAGACACCAGAUAACCUAGCUAUUGAUACCACAAAUUGAUAUGGAAAAUUGCA